UAAACCCCUUUUAUCAGCCUAGGUUCAUAAAAAAGCUAUUACAUCAGCGUUCGUUGUGCUAUUACGUUAAAAAGCACGUUUUCCUCGCAUUAAAUAGUUUAAAUCCCACACCGAGUAUUUUACGCUAAAUGUUUUGUGGCGGAACCUUUUAUAUCUAAUACUUAUUUUUUACAAACAUGAAAAUAAUUAUACAAUAACUGGAUAGCUCGAGAAUAUGAUUAUUUUCCAUCAAGGGGGUUCACUGUAAUUUAAUUUUUCUUCUUUGGCGGCAAUGUUGCCGUACCUCAAACCGACAAAGUAGCCAGACCGUCAAGGAUAUGAACCGUUAGAUUUAUCCUGACGCGACGCUUAAAAAUCGAGUGAUUCUUACAAACUUUUGGGAAAUAAUCAAUGUAAUUCAAUAAUGUUUCGAAUUCACUGCAACCAUUGCUUUCGUCUGCGCGACGCAGAGCCAUCGGUGGUCUUUCACAUGUCUCAAUGCCAGCAUAUCUUUUGCAACACCUGUUUCACCGAACUUUCGGCAGAAAGCAAGUGCGCAAUCUGCAAGCGGCAGCUGAAGGCGGUGCCGAUCUCUCGCGACAUGCCACGUAGCUUUGGCGACUUCUUUGAGGACCCGCUCCGAUUCCUGGAGCUCUACCGCAAGGUCAGCAAGUUCCAAAACAGGCAGCGCACCUCGGACAACCUGGGCUUCUACCGCCGGCUGCAGAAGCACGAGAAACAGAAGCUCCAGCUGAAGGGUUACUGCAAGUUAGAGGCGCAGCUCAACCAGAAGAUCCAAAAGGAGAAGAAAUGCAUAGAGCAGCUGCGCACCUACAUCAAGUACUACGAGGAUGCGGCCGAAAAGAAGCGGCGGCCCACCAUUGACAAGAAGUCCCAUGGCUCGGAGUUGAAAGCCACUUGGGGCAACCAGUUCCAUCGUCCCCGCCCAAGGACACCCUCUGUAAACACAUCCGAACACACCCAGUCGGAUGAGUACAUGACCACCUUCUUUCUGGAUUCGGAUAUGGAGGGCCCGGCCGAGGAUCAAUCCCGCCCAUCCGGUCAGAAAUCAUUUAAUCUAUAGGUAUUCUCUCCUUCUACAAGGCAUUUAAGGUAUUUAACGAUUUAUAAACGUUAUCGAAGUUACUAUUUAGUCAAGUCUUAAUUUAACUUAAUUACCUUAUCCAUAUGAUAUUAAUAAUAUUUAAUGAUUUCUUUACGUUACCUAAGUUAAACAUAAGUGUUAUUUAUCUUUCAUAAGACUUCAAUAAUGUUAAUGAUUACAAUUAAAAUGGUUCUUACUUUUCAAAUUUAUCUUGAUACAUUUACCUACUUCAAAAGCUUUAAGCUGUCUAAAUAAUGCGAAAUUAAGCAUUAAUCUAUUAACUAUUGAAAAGGAAACCAGAAACUGUUUUAGUAGUAUAUAAUUGUUUAUGUUUCAUUAACUAAUUAACUAUGUUAUUAACAUCUAAGAAAGAUCUUAACUAUAAUUCAUAGGCAUACUCUAAAUAAUGCUCUAAUAAUAUAAUUUCCACUUAGAGAGCUAAGUCUGGAGAUUAGUGAGAUAAUAAUAUUAAACUUUAAUAUUGCCUUAA